UGCCUGCACAGCGCUGAGGGGGCUGUGGGGGCGGUCACUAUCUUUCUCUUUUGGGGAGAACAAAACAAAACGUGGGAAGUCCGCGCGCUCACAGAGGGGACUAACAUGCACGCGCCACCGUCCCACCUAUAAAAACAAAAAGAACAGGGAAGCUCGGAUUGCAGCAUCCGCUACUGUGAGCGUUCGUGUUUCAGCAAAGCAUUAUGGAUCGUGUAGUUUUGUGGGAGAUUUGAAACUACACAUGAGUCUGCUACCACUACUGUAUUAGGGAAUUUAAUCUGUAAAUACAUCUGCACGUUCAGCCAUUGGAGUUUUAUUCUUACUAAACUGAAAAAGGUGACUGUUAAAACAGAAAAUAAAAGUUAAAAUAUGCUGUUAGAGAGGUUGCCGAUGUUAGCUGCGAGUGCAGAAAACAGGAAGAAACCAGAUGUCGACAGAAAAACCAACCCCCAUCUUAAACACUCAACAUUUGCUCACCCCACCCUCACACACACUCUGUUCUCACACUGCACUGUUCACGGAGUUACACAGCUGUGAAAGGUCUUUACAGGAGGAAUAAAUGUGGAAUUAUGAGCUCUGAAUGUGGGAUGUUAUCACCCAUCACCCUGCUGUGUAUUUCAGGUUUACAACAUUGCCACAGUGUCCUCUCCUCCUGCACCGCCAGCUUACCAGUUGCUCCACUGUCACUUGCUCAGGGCCUGCUCGGUACACCAUCUCCUCCUCAAGCUACUCAGCUGCAUUACACUGUGUUGCUCACCAUGGCAGAUCAGCUGACCCGUGUGGUGAACUGCAUGUGCUGUCUCAGCUCCUUUGGCAGCAGAAGCAGCCAUCGGCACCUGCCCAAAGCAUCACUGGGGGGCUGCAGUCGACACCACUAGGCCGUAACGUUGUUCCGACAGCAGAUUCACAAGCCCCUGUAGUGCUUUCCUUUCCAGUGCUAAACACAGCUGUGUUGCAGUGACUGCUGCCGUCCAGCCAUAAUGCCGGGCAACAACUUGCAGCUGUGUGGAGUACGGCUCCCAAGUGCCUUUGGCGUUGAUGUGUGACCAUGCUGCCAUGUCUUCCCAAACAUCAGGAAAUAUCAGAGAAGUGACCCUCAUAUUCCUGGCAGUCCAGCCCAGAAAAUGGCCACCUUCAGCCUCAGCAGGUUGCGCUUUCAGAGCUGCUUCAUAUUAUUACUGUCCAUAACCUUCAUUGUGUCUGUCACUAUCUUUGUGUUUGGCAUCCGUCCAAAGUCAUCCAAAGUGUGGUUCAGCAAUUUCACCAAGUUAAUCACAUUCCAAACAGCCAAAAAUCACACACUAAUAAAUAUGAACUGUCUCACAAGACGCGACCAAACAGUCAACCAACAGACGUCCAAUGCCAAACACACAGCAGUAACUACAGUGAACAGACAUAACACGACAGACACGCUCAGUAUGAAGUCCAUGACAACUGUUCUAGUAAAAGAAGCAUCAUCCAUCUGUUACCAUGAAGCAUAUCCACACAACUACCGCUUCAUCAUAGACGAGCCCCAUAAGUGUGAACAAGAGAACCCAUUUCUGGUCCUCAUGGUUCCAGUGGCUCCACACGAACUGGAGGCUCGCAACGCCAUCCGGAGAACAUGGGGUAAUGAGAGCGUGGUCCAAAACAAAACCAUCACGGUGAUCUUCUCACUGGGUCUGCCUGGGAUCAAAGCUGAGAAACAACAGGAGGAACUAAGUCUGGAAAGCCAGCAGUACCAUGACCUGGUCCAGAGUGACUUCAUGGACUCGUACCUCAACUUGACGAUAAAGACCAUGUUAAUCAUGGACUGGCUGGCCUCACACUGCCCACAGGCAUCCUACGCUAUGAAGAUUGACUCUGACAUGUUCUUGAAUCUGGAGAACUUGAUGAACUUCUUACUGAGACCUGAUACGCCUAAAGAAAACUACAUGACGGGAAAGGUUAUGUGGAACAUACCGGUCAUCCGGGACAAGAACUCCAAGUGGUACGUGCCAAAGGAAUUAUAUGCUGAAGACUACUAUCCAACAUACCCACUGGGGAUGGGUUAUGUCUUCUCCAAUGACCUUUCAGAAAAGAUUGUUAAGGUUUCAAAAGAAAUAAAGCCGUUUAACAUAGAAGAUGCAUACGUGGGUGCCUGUCUGGAACGAAUAGGACUUUCACCUUCAGACCCUCCCAAUCCGUCCCAGUUUAAGGACUAUUUUAGCGGUAAGUAUAAUCGAGAAGAGUUUGCCAGUGUGAUCACCACCAUCCUUAACUCCCCACAGCAGCUGAUCACAUUCUGGCAGGAUCUAAAGGGCCCACCUGAAGGACUUGGAGGGAAAAGACUCAAAACUGACAAUAUUUGGGAUAUAUUUGGCAUUUGACAUUUUCUUACAAUGCUUUUGCAGUAACUGUAUGGGGAAAACUCCUGUAUCUGCUCACAAUUUAAUCAGAACUGAAAAAGACUGUUUGCAUAAGUAUUCAAUCCCUUCAGACUGGUACUUGAUAGAACCACAUUCUGCUGCAAUAACAGCUUCCCACCAGCUUUGCACAGCGUUUGGGAGAGAUGUUAUUCAGGUUUGUUGGAUGGUGCAUGUGGACUACAAUUUACUGAUAGUGCCAAAGAUUCUUGAUUUGAUUGGACUUGGCCAUUGUAGAACAUUCACCUUUUUGUUUCUCAACUACUCCUGUAUUGUUUUUUCUUUGUGUUUGGGAGGUGAAGGUAAAGUUUCUGCCAAGCUUUAGUCUUUGGCAGGUUGUCUUGCAGUAUCUCUCUGUAUUUUACACCAUUCAUACUUCAGUUUUAACAAGAUGCCCAGUCCCCACUGAGGAGAAGCAUCUCCACAAUUUGCUGCUCCUCACAACAUUAUACUGAUGGUGUUUGUUGAGGAAUGAGCAGUGUUAGGCUUGCAUCACACAUAGCACUUUGAAUUUUGGCCAUACAUACACAAAACAUUAUCCCACGUUAGCCAGACAAGUCCAGACGUGUUAUGAUUUGCUCUUUCUUCAGUAAAGUCUUUCUUCUAGCCACCCUCUCAUACAGGCCAGUUAUAUACAGAGCUCUUGAUAUUGUUUCCCUACCUUUACUCCAGUCUCAGCCACUGAGCUCUGUAGCUCCUUCAGAGUGAGAGUUGUCCUCUCUGUGGUGACUCUCGCAGAGUCCCUUUCUUGCUCUUGUGCUGAAUUUUGAGGGACGUCCUUGUCUAGGCAGUGUCUGGGUGGUAUGAUGCAGCUUCCAUUUGCUAACAGUUGACCGAUCAGUCCCCAAAGGGAUACAAACACUUGGAUUUUAUUUUGUGACCAUGUCUAUAAUUUUAUUUCUAAUUUCCUUAAAUGAUCUUUAGUCUUCAUUUUCACAGCCUUCCUUCAGAUUCACAGUCUGAUCAGUUAGAUCUGAAUUAAGGGAUCUUUUAUCCAGAAAAGGUUUUUAAAUGAUUCCAAUGAGGCCAAUUGUAAGCCACUUGUGUCCUCAUGUGGGCAUAUCUUUUGCUGAGCUUCCACAGCACAGGGGUUGAAUAUUUAUGCAAGCAGCAUUUUUGAGUUAGUCAUUUUUCUCACAGCAUAUUUUCAUAAAAAACACUAUCAGUUUAAAAUAGUUAUUUUGAGUUUGUCUUUUAAGAUAAAACAUGACACAACACAAAAUAUCAGUUUCAUUUGUCAGCCUACAUUCAUUUUUAUUAAUCAGUGUGACUUUCUUAUAUAACAUAAUUUGAACCUCAAAUACAUAUAAAAACAGCACUGAGAAAUCACGAUUAACAUAGAAAAGCAGAUUAAACACCAGAAAUAUUAUAUGUAUGUAUAUGUUUUUAUGUAUUUAUUUUUUUUAUUUAUGCUGAGAAGACGUUACAUGAACCUGCUACAUAACAUUAACAUAAACAUCUCACUGUAGACAUUAUAUGCCGAUUUAUCAUUACAGAUCAUGUUGAGUAAUA